AUGUGUUUGGCUACAAAAUUAUUGACUGCUCACGGUCCUGCAGAAUGGCUCACGUCUCAACCAUGUGGGCCAGCCCUAGUCCAUGGGGCUUGUCCCAGAGACCUGGAACAUCAUUCAUCUGCUGCUGCUGAUGAUGAUGGUUCUGCACGCCAGCUGAGACCAGCCGAGCCUCCAGGAGAUGCUGGUGCUGAAGCAGACGCAGAGGAUGAAGAUUCUGUUAAUGAAGUGGCAGUAGAAGACAUCCGUCCAAGGCCACAAGGAUCCUCUCCAGUUUAUGAAUAUUACACAGAAGAAGAAUAUUUAAAGCUUCAAGAAGAAAACAAAAAAUAUUCUACUGACAAAUCAAAAAAGAGUCGUCCACAGGAUACCAUGGAAGUGACCCUGAAAACAGAAGUGGAAGCUGGUGCCAGUGGUUUUAGUGUGAUGGGUGGAGGAAAUGAAGGCAUAUUUAUUAAAAAAGUACUUAGGGAAUCUCCUGCUUCAAAAAUAUUUAGUCUGAGAGAAGGUGAUCAGCUUCUGAGUGCUACAAUAUUUUUCGAUAAUAUCAAAUAUGAAGAUGCACUCAAGAUUCUUCAGUAUUCUGAGCCAUACAGAGUCCAGUUCAGCCUCAAAAGAAAAAUUGCUGGGAAAGAAGAGCUGGAAGACAUUCAUUCUACCGCCCAAUCCAAAAAGGAAAGAACAAGCCAGGAAAAAGAAUUCAGUGAGAGCAUUCCUGAAGAAACACCUCAUGUUUCAGGAAAAGCCAUGUCAGAAGAAGAGAGGGAAACAUUAAUUGUAAGCCAAAGGGUAGGAAGAAGCAAGAGACCUAAAAAAGAUAGACUAUCAUGGCCAAAAUUCCAGUCAAUUAAAAGUAAAAAGAUACUUGGGCACAGAAGAUCUCAUAGCACCUCAGAUGCAUAUGAGGCUGCUGUACAGGAUAUUUCCCCUACAAGCACAGACACAGAGUCUCAAUUUCAACAAGAAGUACAUAUCAAAGAAAAGAAAAGGAGCCAAAAGAAACUGAAGUUCCCUAGCAUUGGAUUCAAAAUGCACAGAUCCAAACCAGAAACACAAGACAUGCAAAAAAAAGAAAUAAAAACUACACUACUGUCUGAACGAGCAGAAGUACAUAAAGAAGAUAUCAGGCUGGAAAAUAAUGAAAUACUUGCUGUUGAAUGUACCACAUCAUCUUCUUAUGAAAUUAAACCAGGGGAGGUACAUGAAACUUUAACAAAAGACAUAAAAGAUAUGAGAAAUGGCAUUCCAUCUCAUGUACAAAAAUGCCCUGAAGUUGAAAUAAGCAUUAAAAAAGAAGAAGACAAGGAAUCAACAUCAAAAUAUAAUAUUCCUGAAGCACCAGCCUCAUCAAAGUCACGAAAAAAGAAACAGAAAGAAGCAGCAGGUAAAAAAGAAGUAGACAGUGGAAUCAACAUAGAAAAAACAGGUCUCACAGCACAAGGAUCCAUACAAGUAAAAGGUCUAGAAAUAGGCACUGCUAAAGAAGAAUUACACACAGUAUCUGAUACAGUGGAAACAGGAAAAAAAUUAAUAGAAGAAGAAAAACAAAUACUAAAAAAUCAGAAAACAAAAUUCGGAAUUUCAAUGAUCAAAAAAAAAGAGCUAGAGGCUGAAAACACACAAUUAGGAAGUGAUGUUCCCCAUUCAGUAGCAGAAACAAAACCUGAUAAAGGUUUAGCAGACGGAAGGAAUUUUGAUGUGAAACUUGAGAUAGCAGAUGCAGAACCAGAAAUAUCUACUUGGAAGAUACAAAUACCAUCUUUUAAAAAGGACCAAAUAACUAAAGAUAAUAUGAAAAUAGGAAAAGAAGAAAGCCCAGAGGAAGCUGCAAAUAUCAUUAAAAAAGAACAUAGAGAAGAUGGAAUGCCAACAACUGAUAAAAUCAUGAGAUCAGAUAUGGACAUGAUUGCAACAGAAAAUUAUAUAGAAGGAAAAGAAAGCAAAUUCAAACUGCCAAAGUUUAAAUUACCUACUUUUACAUGGUCAUCUUCAAAGGAUGAAAUGGGACAAAAUGAAAAUAAAAUUAGAGACACAGAAGGAAAAACAUCACACUUACAAGAAGAAAAAAAAGAAGAGGGGAUUUCAACAAAAGAAGAAAUAAAAAUAACAGCAGAAGAUGACAUAGUCCUGCCCGCAGCCGAGAUCCAGGCGCCCGGCGUGGAGGUGACCGUCGAAGGGGCCGCUGAAGGAGACGGCGAGAAAGGUCGAUUCAAGAUGCCCGACGUCAAGAUGCCCAGCGUCAAGCUGCCCAAAGUCAAAGGUCCCCACGUGCAGGUCAGCCUGCCGAAGGCCGAGGUCUCGCUGCCCAAAGCCCAGGUUGAAGUGCAGGGGGGCGAAGUCGCCCUGCAGGGUCCGGAUGCCGAAGGCGGCCUGGAGGCACCUGCGGGCAAAGUGGAGGGCGGCAGCGGCGGCAUGAAACUCCACAUGCCGAAAGUCAAGGUGCCCAGCGUGGUCUUCUCCAAGCCGACGGUCAAGGCUCCCAAACUGGACGCAGACAUCAGCCCGCAGAAAGUCGACGCCAGCCUCCCCGAGGCAGACCUCAAGGCCGGCGCCGGCGACAUCAGCAUCGCGGCCCCCGACGUCAAGCUGCCCUCCGUCGAAGGCUCCCUUGAGCUCCAGGCACCCGCGAUAGACCUCAAGGUGCCCUCUGCCGAAGGCGCGCUUGAGGGAGCCCAGGUGGAAGGCGCGGGCCUGAAAGGCAAGUUCAAGAUGCCCAAGUUUGACAAGCCCAAAUUCGGAGUGUCCCCUCCCAAGGCGGAAGGGCUGGAAGGCGAGGUCAGUCUGCCCACCGCUGGGGUCGACGUCCCCUCCGCCACCGUGACGGCCGCAGGGGAGGGCCCCGCUUUGGGCCUCAAAGCCGACGUCCCCGGCACCAAGAUCGAAGGGGCCGGCUGGAAGGUGGAGAAGCCCUCCCUCAAAAUGCCCAAAGUUGACAUCAAAGCUCCCAAGGUGGACAUCAGCAUGCCGUCCGCCGACGUCACCCUCCCAAAGGCCAGCGCCGACCUGCAGGCGCCCGAGGUGUCCCUCAGCCUGGAAGGGGAGGCCAAAGCCCCGGAGAAGGAGGCCACAAAGUCCAAGGACGGCAAGUUCAAGAUGCCCAAGUUCGGCAUGCCUUCCUUUGGCUGGUCCAGCAGCAGAGAGGCCAAGGGCACCGUCGCCGCUGAAGUGGACGUCAGCCUCAAGGAGCCCCAGGUGACGGCGCCCUCGGGAACCGCCGAAGUCGACGUAACCCUGCCCGCGGCCGAGAUCCAGGCGCCCGGCGUGGAGGUGACCGUCGAAGGGGCCGCUGAAGGAGACGGCGAGAAAGGUCGAUUCAAGAUGCCCGACGUCAAGAUGCCCAGCGUCAAGCUGCCCAAAGUCAAAGGUCCCCACGUGCAGGUCAGCCUGCCGAAGGCCGAGGUCUCGCUGCCCAAAGCCCAGGUUGAAGUGCAGGGGGGCGAAGUCGCCCUGCAGGGUCCGGAUGCCGAAGGCGGCCUGGAGGCACCUGCGGGCAAAGUGGAGGGCGGCAGCGGCGGCAUGAAACUCCACAUGCCGAAAGUCAAGGUGCCCAGCGUGGUCUUCUCCAAGCCGACGGUCAAGGCUCCCAAACUGGACGCAGACAUCAGCCCGCAGAAAGUCGACGCCAGCCUCCCCGAGGCAGACCUCAAGGCCGGCGCCGGCGACAUCAGCAUCGCGGCCCCCGACGUCAAGCUGCCCUCCGUCGAAGGCUCCCUUGAGCUCCAGGCACCCGCGAUAGACCUCAAGGUGCCCUCUGCCGAAGGCGCGCUUGAGGGAGCCCAGGUGGAAGGCGCGGGCCUGAAAGGCAAGUUCAAGAUGCCCAAGUUUGACAAGCCCAAAUUCGGAGUGUCCCCUCCCAAGGCGGAAGGGCUGGAAGGCGAGGUCAGCCUGCCCACCGCUGGGGUCGACGUCCCCUCCGCCACCGUGACGGCCGCAGGGGAGGGCCCCGCUUUGGGCCUCAAAGCCGACGUCCCCGGCACCAAGAUCGAAGGGGCCGGCUGGAAGGUGGAGAAGCCCUCCCUCAAAAUGCCCAAAGUUGACAUCAAAGCUCCCAAGGUGGACAUCAGCAUGCCGUCCGCCGACGUCACCCUCCCAAAGGCCAGCGCCGACCUGCAGGCGCCCGAGGUGUCCCUCAGCCUGGAAGGGGAGGCCAAAGCCCCGGAGAAGGAGGCCACAAAGUCCAAGGACGGCAAGUUCAAGAUGCCCAAGUUCGGCAUGCCUUCCUUUGGCUGGUCCAGCAGCAGAGAGGCCAAGGGCACCGUCGCCGCUGAAGUGGACGUCAGCCUCAAGGAGCCCCAGGUGACGGCGCCCUCGGGAACCGCCGAAGUCGACGUAACCCUGCCCGCGGCCGAGAUCCAGGCGCCCGGCGUGGAGGUGACCGUCGAAGGGGCCGCUGAAGGAGACGGCGAGAAAGGUCGAUUCAAGAUGCCCGACGUCAAGAUGCCCAGCGUCAAGCUGCCCAAAGUCAAAGGUCCCCACGUGCAGGUCAGCCUGCCGAAGGCCGAGGUCUCGCUGCCCAAAGCCCAGGUUGAAGUGCAGGGGGGCGAAGUCGCCCUGCAGGGUCCGGAUGCCGAAGGCGGCCUGGAGGCACCUGCGGGCAAAGUGGAGGGCGGCAGCGGCGGCAUGAAACUCCACAUGCCGAAAGUCAAGGUGCCCAGCGUGGUCUUCUCCAAGCCGACGGUCAAGGCUCCCAAACUGGACGCAGACAUCAGCCCGCAGAAAGUCGACGCCAGCCUCCCCGAGGCAGACCUCAAGGCCGGCGCCGGCGACAUCAGCAUCGCGGCCCCCGACGUCAAGCUGCCCUCCGUCGAAGGCUCCCUUGAGCUCCAGGCACCCGCGAUAGACCUCAAGGUGCCCUCUGCCGAAGGCGCGCUUGAGGGAGCCCAGGUGGAAGGCGCGGGCCUGAAAGGCAAGUUCAAGAUGCCCAAGUUUGACAAGCCCAAAUUCGGAGUGUCCCCUCCCAAGGCGGAAGGGCUGGAAGGCGAGGUCAGCCUGCCCACCGCUGGGGUCGACGUCCCCUCCGCCACCGUGACGGCCGCAGGGGAGGGCCCCGCUUUGGGCCUCAAAGCCGACGUCCCCGGCACCAAGAUCGAAGGGGCCGGCUGGAAGGUGGAGAAGCCCUCCCUCAAAAUGCCCAAAGUUGACAUCAAAGCUCCCAAGGUGGACAUCAGCAUGCCGUCCGCCGACGUCACCCUCCCAAAGGCCAGCGCCGACCUGCAGGCGCCCGAGGUGUCCCUCAGCCUGGAAGGGGAGGCCAAAGCCCCGGAGAAGGAGGCCACAAAGUCCAAGGACGGCAAGUUCAAGAUGCCCAAGUUCGGCAUGCCUUCCUUUGGCUGGUCCAGCAGCAGAGAGGCCAAGGGCACCGUCGCCGCUGAAGUGGACGUCAGCCUCAAGGAGCCCCAGGUGACGGCGCCCUCGGGAACCGCCGAAGUCGACGUAACCCUGCCCGCGGCCGAGAUCCAGGCGCCCGGCGUGGAGGUGACCGUCGAAGGGGCCGCUGAAGGAGACGGCGAGAAAGGUCGAUUCAAGAUGCCCGACGUCAAGAUGCCCAGCGUCAAGCUGCCCAAAGUCAAAGGUCCCCACGUGCAGGUCAGCCUGCCGAAGGCCGAGGUCUCGCUGCCCAAAGCCCAGGUUGAAGUGCAGGGGGGCGAAGUCGCCCUGCAGGGUCCGGAUGCCGAAGGCGGCCUGGAGGCACCUGCGGGCAAAGUGGAGGGCGGCAGCGGCGGCAUGAAACUCCACAUGCCGAAAGUCAAGGUGCCCAGCGUGGUCUUCUCCAAGCCGACGGUCAAGGCUCCCAAACUGGACGCAGACAUCAGCCCGCAGAAAGUCGACGCCAGCCUCCCCGAGGCAGACCUCAAGGCCGGCGCCGGCGACAUCAGCAUCGCGGCCCCCGACGUCAAGCUGCCCUCCGUCGAAGGCUCCCUUGAGCUCCAGGCACCCGCGAUAGACCUCAAGGUGCCCUCUGCCGAAGGCGCGCUUGAGGGAGCCCAGGUGGAAGGCGCGGGCCUGAAAGGCAAGUUCAAGAUGCCCAAGUUUGACAAGCCCAAAUUCGGAGUGUCCCCUCCCAAGGCGGAAGGGCUGGAAGGCGAGGUCAGCCUGCCCACCGCUGGGGUCGACGUCCCCUCCGCCACCGUGACGGCCGCAGGGGAGGGCCCCGCUUUGGGCCUCAAAGCCGACGUCCCCGGCACCAAGAUCGAAGGGGCCGGCUGGAAGGUGGAGAAGCCCUCCCUCAAAAUGCCCAAAGUUGACAUCAAAGCUCCCAAGGUGGACAUCAGCAUGCCGUCCGCCGACGUCACCCUCCCAAAGGCCAGCGCCGACCUGCAGGCGCCCGAGGUGUCCCUCAGCCUGGAAGGGGAGGCCAAAGCCCCGGAGAAGGAGGCCACAAAGUCCAAGGACGGCAAGUUCAAGAUGCCCAAGUUCGGCAUGCCUUCCUUUGGCUGGUCCAGCAGCAGAGAGGCCAAGGGCACCGUCGCCGCUGAAGUGGACGUCAGCCUCAAGGAGCCCCAGGUGACGGCGCCCUCGGGAACCGCCGAAGUCGACGUAACCCUGCCCGCGGCCGAGAUCCAGGCGCCCGGCGUGGAGGUGACCGUCGAAGGGGCCGCUGAAGGAGACGGCGAGAAAGGUCGAUUCAAGAUGCCCGACGUCAAGAUGCCCAGCGUCAAGCUGCCCAAAGUCAAAGGUCCCCACGUGCAGGUCAGCCUGCCGAAGGCCGAGGUCUCGCUGCCCAAAGCCCAGGUUGAAGUGCAGGGGGGCGAAGUCGCCCUGCAGGGUCCGGAUGCCGAAGGCGGCCUGGAGGCACCUGCGGGCAAAGUGGAGGGCGGCAGCGGCGGCAUGAAACUCCACAUGCCGAAAGUCAAGGUGCCCAGCGUGGUCUUCUCCAAGCCGACGGUCAAGGCUCCCAAACUGGACGCAGACAUCAGCCCGCAGAAAGUCGACGCCAGCCUCCCCGAGGCAGACCUCAAGGCCGGCGCCGGCGACAUCAGCAUCGCGGCCCCCGACGUCAAGCUGCCCUCCGUCGAAGGCUCCCUUGAGCUCCAGGCACCCGCGAUAGACCUCAAGGUGCCCUCUGCCGAAGGCGCGCUUGAGGGAGCCCAGGUGGAAGGCGCGGGCCUGAAAGGCAAGUUCAAGAUGCCCAAGUUUGACAAGCCCAAAUUCGGAGUGUCCCCUCCCAAGGCGGAAGGGCUGGAAGGCGAGGUCAGCCUGCCCACCGCUGGGGUCGACGUCCCCUCCGCCACCGUGACGGCCGCAGGGGAGGGCCCCGCUUUGGGCCUCAAAGCCGACGUCCCCGGCACCAAGAUCGAAGGGGCCGGCUGGAAGGUGGAGAAGCCCUCCCUCAAAAUGCCCAAAGUUGACAUCAAAGCUCCCAAGGUGGACAUCAGCAUGCCGUCCGCCGACGUCACCCUCCCAAAGGCCAGCGCCGACCUGCAGGCGCCCGAGGUGUCCCUCAGCCUGGAAGGGGAGGCCAAAGCCCCGGAGAAGGAGGCCACAAAGUCCAAGGACGGCAAGUUCAAGAUGCCCAAGUUCGGCAUGCCUUCCUUUGGCUGGUCCAGCAGCAGAGAGGCCAAGGGCACCGUCGCCGCUGAAGUGGACGUCAGCCUAAAGGAGCCCCAGGUGACGGCGCCCUCGGGAACCGCCGAAGUCGACGUAACCCUGCCCGCGGCCGAGAUCCAGGCGCCCGGCGUGGAGGUGACCGUCGAAGGGGCCGCUGAAGGAGACGGCGAGAAAGGUCGAUUCAAGAUGCCCGACGUCAAGAUGCCCAGCGUCAAGCUGCCCAAAGUCAAAGGUCCCCACGUGCAGGUCAGCCUGCCGAAGGCCGAGGUCUCGCUGCCCAAAGCCCAGGUUGAAGUGCAGGGGGGCGAAGUCGCCCUGCAGGGUCCGGAUGCCGAAGGCGGCCUGGAGGCACCUGCGGGCAAAGUGGAGGGCGGCAGCGGCGGCAUGAAACUCCACAUGCCGAAAGUCAAGGUGCCCAGCGUGGUCUUCUCCAAGCCGACGGUCAAGGCUCCCAAACUGGACGCAGACAUCAGCCCGCAGAAAGUCGACGCCAGCCUCCCCGAGGCAGACCUCAAGGCCGGCGCCGGCGACAUCAGCAUCGCGGCCCCCGACGUCAAGCUGCCCUCCGUCGAAGGCUCCCUUGAGCUCCAGGCACCCGCGAUAGACCUCAAGGUGCCCUCUGCCGAAGGCGCGCUUGAGGGAGCCCAGGUGGAAGGCGCGGGCCUGAAAGGCAAGUUCAAGAUGCCCAAGUUUGACAAGCCCAAAUUCGGAGUGUCCCCUCCCAAGGCGGAAGGGCUGGAAGGCGAGGUCAGCCUGCCCACCGCUGGGGUCGACGUCCCCUCCGCCACCGUGACGGCCGCAGGGGAGGGCCCCGCUUUGGGCCUCAAAGCCGACGUCCCCGGCACCAAGAUCGAAGGGGCCGGCUGGAAGGUGGAGAAGCCCUCCCUCAAAAUGCCCAAAGUUGACAUCAAAGCUCCCAAGGUGGACAUCAGCAUGCCGUCCGCCGACGUCACCCUCCCAAAGGCCAGCGCCGACCUGCAGGCGCCCGAGGUGUCCCUCAGCCUGGAAGGGGAGGCCAAAGCCCCGGAGAAGGAGGCCACAAAGUCCAAGGACGGCAAGUUCAAGAUGCCCAAGUUCGGCAUGCCUUCCUUUGGCUGGUCCAGCAGCAGAGAGGCCAAGGGCACCGUCGCCGCUGAAGUGGACGUCAGCCUCAAGGAGCCCCAGGUGACGGCGCCCUCGGGAACCGCCGAAGUCGACGUAACCCUGCCCGCGGCCGAGAUCCAGGCGCCCGGCGUGGAGGUGACCGUCGAAGGGGCCGCUGAAGGAGACGGCGAGAAAGGUCGAUUCAAGAUGCCCGACGUCAAGAUGCCCAGCGUCAAGCUGCCCAAAGUCAAAGGUCCCCACGUGCAGGUCAGCCUGCCGAAGGCCGAGGUCUCGCUGCCCAAAGCCCAGGUUGAAGUGCAGGGGGGCGAAGUCGCCCUGCAGGGUCCGGAUGCCGAAGGCGGCCUGGAGGCACCUGCGGGCAAAGUGGAGGGCGGCAGCGGCGGCAUGAAACUCCACAUGCCGAAAGUCAAGGUGCCCAGCGUGGUCUUCUCCAAGCCGACGGUCAAGGCUCCCAAACUGGACGCAGACAUCAGCCCGCAGAAAGUCGACGCCAGCCUCCCCGAGGCAGACCUCAAGGCCGGCGCCGGCGACAUCAGCAUCGCGGCCCCCGACGUCAAGCUGCCCUCCGUCGAAGGCUCCCUUGAGCUCCAGGCACCCGCGAUAGACCUCAAGGUGCCCUCUGCCGAAGGCGCGCUUGAGGGAGCCCAGGUGGAAGGCGCGGGCCUGAAAGGCAAGUUCAAGAUGCCCAAGUUUGACAAGCCCAAAUUCGGAGUGUCCCCUCCCAAGGCGGAAGGGCUGGAAGGCGAGGUCAGCCUGCCCACCGCUGGGGUCGACGUCCCCUCCGCCACCGUGACGGCCGCAGGGGAGGGCCCCGCUUUGGGCCUCAAAGCCGACGUCCCCGGCACCAAGAUCGAAGGGGCCGGGCUGGAAGGCAGCAGAGAGGCCAAGGGCACCGUCGCCGCUGAAGUGGACGUCAGCCUCAAGGAGCCCCAGGUGACGGCGCCCUCGGGAACCGCCGAAGUCGACGUAACCCUGCCCGCGGCCGAGAUCCAGGCGCCCGGCGUGGAGGUGACCGUCGAAGGGGCCGCUGAAGGAGACGGCGAGAAAGGUCGAUUCAAGAUGCCCGACGUCAAGAUGCCCAGCGUCAAGCUGCCCAAAGUCAAAGGUCCCCACGUGCAGGUUGAAGUGCAGGGGGGCGAAGUCGCCCUGCAGGGUCCGGAUGCCGAAGGCGGCCUGGAGGCACCUGCGGGCAAAGUGGAGGGCGGCAGCGGCGGCAUGAAACUCCACAUGCCGAAAGUCAAGGUGCCCAGCGUGGUCUUCUCCAAGCCGACGGUCAAGGCUCCCAAACUGGACGCAGACAUCAGCCCGCAGAAAGUCGACGCCAGCCUCCCCGAGGCAGACCUCAAGGCCGGCGCCGGCGACAUCAGCAUCGCGGCCCCCGACGUCAAGCUGCCCUCCGUCGAAGGCUCCCUUGAGCUCCAGGCACCCGCGAUAGACCUCAAGGUGCCCUCUGCCGAAGGCGCGCUUGAGGGAGCCCAGGUGGAAGGCGCGGGCCUGAAAGGCAAGUUCAAGAUGCCCAAGUUUGACAAGCCCAAAUUCGGAGUUGUCCCCUCCCAAGGCGGAAGGGCUGGAAGGCGAGGUCAGCCUGCCCACCGCUGGGUCGACGUCCCCUCCGCCACCGUGACGGCCGCAGGGGAGGGCCCCGCUUUGGGCCUCAAAGCCGACGUCCCGGCACCAAGAUCGAAGGGGCCGGCUGGAAGCUCCCAAGGUGGACAUCAGCAUGCCGUCCGCCGACGUCACCCUCCCAAAGUCCAGCGCCGACCUGCAGGCGCCCAGGUGUCCCUCAGCCUGGAAGGGGAGGCCAAAGCCCCGGAGAAGGAGGCCACAAAGUCCAAGGACGGCAAGUUCAAGAUGCCCAAGUUCGGCAUGCCUUCCUUUGGCUGGUCCAGCAGCAGAGAGGCCAAGGGCACCGUCGCCGCUGAAGUGGACGUCAGCCUAAAGGAGCCCCAGGUGACGGCGCCCCUCGGGAACCGCCGAAGUCGACGUAACCCUGCCCGCGGCCGAGAUCCAGGCGCCCGGCGUGGAGGUGGACCACAUCAAGCCCGCAGAAAGUCCGACGCCAGCCUCCCCGAGGCAGACCUCAAGGCCGGCGCCGGCACAUCAGCAUCGCGCCCCCGACGUCAAGCUGCCCUCGUCGAAGGCUCCCUUGAGCUCCAGGCAACCCGCGAUAGACCUCAAGGCCCUCUGGCCGAAGGCGCGCUUGAGGAGCCCAGGGGAAGGCGCGGCCUGAAAGGCAAGUUCAAGAUGCCCAAGUUUGACAAGCCAAAUUCGGAGUGUCCCCUCCCAAGGCGGAAGGGCUGGAAGGCGAGGUCAGCCUGCCCACCGCUGGGUCGACGUCCCCUCCGCCACCGACGGCCCGCAGGGGGGCCCCGCUUUGGGCCUCAAAAGCCGACGUCCCCGGCACCAAGAUCGAAGGCCGGCUGGAAGGUGGAGAAGCCCUCCCUCAAAAUGCCCAAAGUUGACAUCAAAGCUCCCAAGGUGGACUCAGCAUGCGUCCGCCGACGUCACCCUCCCAAAGGCCAGCGCCGACCUGCAGGCGCCCGAGGUGUCCCUCAGCCUGAAGGGGAGGCCAAAGCCCCGGAGAAGGAGGCCACAAGUCCAAGGACGCAAGAGGCCAAGGGCACCGUCGCCGCUGAAAGUGGACGUCAGCCUCAAGGAGCCCCAGGUGACGCGCCCUCAGGAACGCCGAAGUCGACUCAAUUAAAAAGGCCUGUGUGUGACUGGUCUACAGCAAUGGGAUCAGAAGAUGGUGCUUAUGUUAGAGCUAAGAUGGAAGAUGUAAAGGUAGAAGUUCCAGAAGUUAAAACGGAUGUUAAAAUUGCUAGAGUAGAUCCUGAAAUUAAAUUUCAAGUGAAAAAGGUUGAACAGGACAUGUCUGCAGCAGUGGAAGUGCAAGUAGAAGACAGAGCAGAAACAAGUAAAAUUAAAACUUACAAGUUUAAGAUUCCAAAGUUUGGAGUGUUGCAUUCAGAAGCAAAAGGUUUUGAUGAUUAUGUCAGUUUGUCAAAGUCAGAAGCUGAUUCAGAAACUAAAGUUGAACUAAGCACAGCAGAAACGCAGUUUCAAAAACCAGAGGAAUGCACUGGCACGAGAAGUCCAGCUCUAGAUCAUAUGGAAGCAUCUUCCAGAAUAACAGUGCAAACAGUGGACAAAUCACAAGAUGGCCCAGAAGUAAAUAUAAAAAUUCCCAAACUAAAAAUACCAAGAUUCACUUUCAAAGCUCUCCCAACUGAAGCUGAUGUCUCAGUUUCAAAAAUUGUAACAGGCCCCAAGGGAUCUAGUACUGACGUUGAAGUAGUGCACUUGCAAGGAAGCUCUGCUGUCUCUGAGGAAACACCAGGUGCUCUAGGGGGUGGUAUUCAAAAAGCAAAAAGCAAAAUCCUAACACUGACUGAUCCUGACAUUAAAACAGCACACAUGACUACUACUAUAAAAUCCUCCCUUUCAAAUGCAGGGCAAGACAUUCAUUGGUCAUAUGCAGAGGGCCAAGAAGUGAGCGAGGAAGUUAAACCGGAACAUGUUGCUAUUGAAAGGUGUGAGAUUUACACUACUGAAAUACUGAAAGAAUCAGAGAUUCUCUCACCAGAAGUCAAAACUGCUACUUUGGGAUUUUCAUUGCUCAAGGUAAAGUUGCCCGAAUCACGCAGCAACUUAGAAGUGCUCGUCCAGCAGCCAUCUCCCACAGAAGAUGCAUCAGUGAGCAAACCUAAAUGUGCUGAUGAAAGCUUCAGAGUAGCAGCACAGGGGACUGGCAGUGCUGAGCUUAAACCAUAUGACAAACCAGACAGUGAGACUGAAGCCUCCAGUGGAGAAGUAAGUUUGCCAAAGUUAAAAACAUUUGCUGUUGAAGUAAAGCCUUCCAUUAAAUCUGACAAAAGUCAUCUUGAUAAAUCAGCAGAGGGAAUAAAUGCAGAUCCUCUCUCUAAAGAUGAGAAUGUAGUUGAAGCACUAGAAGAUGAAGAAAAAGAUAAUGAAAAAGAAAAGACUGAUAGUAAAAGAUCUGGAAGAUUCAAAUUUUGGCUUCCAAGUAUUGGCUUUUCAUCUGGUGAGGAGAUAAGCAUAGAUUCAAAAACAGAAGUAAAAAAAUCAGUUCCAGAAGAUGUGAAACCUGCUGACACAACUGAAAAAACUGGAUGGUUUAGAUUUCCCAAGCUUGGUUUCACAUCUCCUUCCAAAAAGGCUAAGGCUGUUGACAAAGAAGAGAUGGAUCCUAAAGAGGGAACAGUCUCAGAUGAAGACAGCCCAUCAGAUAAACCUGAUGUAUUUUUUGAUGCACAAGAAACUUUAUCACCUAAAGGAACAACAGAGGAUGGAAAAUUUGAAGUUUAUCAGUUCUCAUCUAAUGUUGCAGUUUCUCGAACUAUUGUGACAUCUUCAGCAAGAACUGAACUAAUCUUGUUGGAAGAACAAAAAGAUAGUCAAUCUGAUACUCCUGGAGAUACAACUAAAUGAAGUUUGUCUCUUCUGAACCCUCAGUGAAGAAGCCCAUGCAUGCAGACAAAAAAAAAAAAUUCUUAAUUUUCUAGCAAGUGACAAUUAGACCAAACCCAAAGCUGAUAUUUAUGAACACAGUUGAACAGAAUUUACCACAUCUAAAUUUUCAAGAACAUAGAUGUGCUAUACCAUACAUUAAUGAAAAUAUUGAUUUCUUCAAAUCUGCCCCAAAGGCAAAAAUUUCUCCAGGUGCAGAGGAGGCCGUGGUUUUAGCAAAGUCUGAAAAGAUACCUGGGACCAUGAAAGCAAACUGUUGAAAGGCUUAAUGGCAGCAGCAAGGCUUGUUAAACAGGCUUCUCAAAAUCGCACUGAUUAUAUUUAGAUUACAGGUUAUUUCCAGAACUAGCAUAAGCGAGUACUAUGAGCUUUCUACUUACCUGUUUAGAUUUUGGACCUUUCUGACCUACUUUUGCAUUCUUAUGAAAAUAUUUUUCUUUAUUUCAGUUAAGGCAAUAAGUAUAUUCCACAAACACUUUACAAUUCAAGAUGAAACCAAAAUACUAGUGUAGAGAGACUAAUGCUUUACCCCUUCCUCUCUUCUCAUUUUUUUAUUAUCCUAGUGGGUCGUAUUUAGCCUUAGAAGAAUUUUUUAAAACUCAACAGAUUAAAUUCAGGAUCAAAAAUCGUGUAACUAAUUCACAUUUUUAAGAUACCAAAGUAAAAUAUGCUGACAAACAAUAAUUAUUAAAAUGUGGAUAAAUAAUUUUUCAUGUAUAUAUUUACUGUACCAUUAGAUGCACACAAUGAUCUGCCACAUUAGUGGAAUUGCUUCAAAGAUUUUCUGGGAAAGAUGUAUAUAAUUAUUUACUUCCUUGUUUAUAUUAAUGCUUCUCUCAAGUGCACAACAAAAGCAGAAUGCUUAUGUGACAGCCUUCACAUGUAUCAUUGAAACACUGUAUUCUUAAUUUACAAUAAACUCACCAUAUGAAUUA